AUGUCCGAGGAGAACACCUUUCAAGUCGCUGACUUCGAUGGUAACGGCCUCGUCUCUGAGCUGGAGCUCCAACGCCUUGGCUGCCGCAGCCUGGCCCUGCGCGGCAACGUCACGGCAGCGACGGUGGCUCGGGCAGAGAUCGAGCCGGUCUUCCGGGCAGUGGAUGAAGCGCUGGUUGGUGAGGUGUCGGUUGAAGAUUUUGGCUUGGCGGUUGGCUCCGUGGAGGUCAUGGGGCUUCGGACCCUUGUUCAAUCCGUCUUCAGUGCCGGCGUGGAGGCCUUCCUGUCCUUCGAUGCCAAUGGCGACCGUUUGCUACAACGCUCGGAAUUCGAGGUCAUGGCCACAGCAUUGGCCAUCAGUGGCGAAAAUGUAGAUGGCUUGUUCGAUUCCUUGGCCAGCCGCAAUGCAGAUGUGGUUCAUUUGGACAUCUUCCUCUUGGCAGCCAACGGCCUCGCUGAGUUCCGCAGCCUUUUGAGGGACAGUUUCAGAGAUGUUCGGGAAGCACUGCUGGACUUUGACACCUCGCCGCCCUGGAACGAAGUGUCCUAUGAGGAGUUCUACGUGUGGUGCGAAGCCCGCCUCCAACUGCCCACCUCCCUCAUCCCCGAGAUCUUCACAGACCUGGACACCAGGAAAGAAGGUUUCCUUCGGCCCUCUCACUUUGAGAUGCUGCUCGCGGCCGAGAUCGGUGCUCGAAGCUUUGGUCAACUCUUGGGCUCCGCAUUGGGCGACCUAGCAGCCGCAUUUGACGAAGCUGAUGGCGAGGGUGACGGAAACGGCCUGGUGACGCUAGAGGAGUUGACCCGCCUGGCAUCACCUCUGGGAGUGAGAUCUGCAAAUGUGGCGAAGCUCUUUACGGAAUUGGACGUUGAUCGCGUCGGGUCCCUGACGACCCUUGGUUCUCCUGUGGGGCGUUUGCCUUCCUCGGAGUUCAGCGAUCGCGUUGCGAGACGGAGAGCCCUGUUGCCUAGGAAGGCGCAGUUCGAGGUGAUGUCCCUGCCCAACCGUAUCUUCCGCCUCAGCAACGGCGAGUCUGAGCCGGACGGGAUCCAACAGAUCAUGCGCGAGUGUUUGCUUCUACUCCGUGAGCCAAGCUCAUGUCUUGCAGCGCUCGUUUGCUGUCUGGCGUGGCGUCUCUUCACCGUCGUGUUCCGGCGCGGCCUGCCACUUGACCUUGCCCCGGAGGACCGCAUCCACGUCUACGAGAUGCGGCUUUUCCGCGACGACGACUGCCUGUCGGAGCUGCCCUGCGACCUGCCGGUCGCCAGCGGCCACUUCCUCCUCCUCCAGGAGGGUGCUGUGGUGAACCCCAACGAGACUGCCAUGGUCUACAACGAUGUCAGCGCAGGCCGCGCCUUCGACAGGAACUUCUCUUCCAGGUGGAUCUCGCAAUGUGGCCCCUGCAGGGCCGAGGAAGCUUGGAUCGGUUGCAAGUUCGACCUCCAGAUUGAGGCCUUCCAAGUGCCCAUGACGGACGCCACGCCGGCCCCAGCCCCGGCUGCACCGGCGACAGGUGGCGGCCUGGAAAGCGCAGACAUUUGGGGUGAGGACGACAUCGUUACCGCUGACCUGAAAAGGUCCAGUGUUGAUGAAAUCAAUCAGCGGAUUCGACUCCUGGACAAUGAUAUCCGUGUCAUGAAGAGUGAGCAGCAGCGUCUCACGCACGAAAUCAAGACCAUCGAAGAGAAGACGAAGGACAACAAGGAGAAGAUCAAGCUGAACCGCCAGUUGCCUCAUCUCGUUGCAAACGUGGCCGAGAUCCUGGAGUUGGAGAAAGAAGAAGACGACGAGGAUGGUGCCAUGCAAGACAUCGACACCCAGCGGGACGGCAAAAGCAUGGUUAUCAAAACGACCACCAGGCAGACGAUCUUCCUGCCAGUGAUCGGUUUGGUGGAGGCGUCAGAACUGAAACCGAAUGACUUGGUGGGUGUGAACAAGGACUCCUACCUGGUCUUGGACAAGCUGCCGCCAGAGUACGACUCCCGCGUGAAAGCGAUGGAGGUUGAUGAGCGCCCCACAGACCAGUACAGCGACAUUGGUGGUCUGGAGAAGCAGAUUCAAGAGUUGCAGGAGGCAAUCGUCUUGCCCAUGACGCACAAGGAGCGCUUCGAAAACAUCGGCAUCCAGCCCCCGAAGGGAGUGUUGAUGCAUGGGCCGCCGGGUACUGGCAAGACCAUGAUGGCCCGAGCCUGCGCGGCUGCCACGAAUGCUACUUUCCUCAAGCUGGCAGGACCCCAGCUGGUGCAAAUGUUCAUCGGCGAUGGUGCGAAGAUCGUCCGUGAUGCCUUCGUCCUUGCGAAAGAGAAAGCGCCCGCUAUCAUCUUCAUCGACGAGUUGGACGCCAUCGGCCAAAAGCGCUCCGGCGGAGGGGAGCUCUCUGGGGUACGCGAGGUACAGCGAACGAUGCUCGAGCUGCUGAACCAGCUGGACGGCUUCACCAACCAGACCACCGUGAAGAUCAUCGCAGCCACGAACCGCCCAGAUACGCUGGAUCCCGCGCUGCUCCGCUCUGGACGCCUGGACCGAAAGAUCGAGCUCCCGCACCCCAACGAGGACUCCCGCGCGCGCAUCAUGCAGAUCCAUUCCCGAAAGAUGAACUACAAGAAAGACGAUGUGAACUUCGUGGAGCUUGCCCGCUCCACCGACGACUUCAACGGAGCCCAGCUCAAGGCAGUGUGCGUCGAGGCAGGCAUGGAGGCGCUACGCCGCGGCGCCACGGAGCUGUGUCACGAGGACUACGUGGCCGGGAUCGGUGCUGUCCAAGCGAAGAAGAAGAGCAACUUCAACUACUAUGCCUGA